AUGAGGCAGAGGAGGGGAAGUCAAUCCCAGGAGUGCCCUCCGGGGGGGGGCAUAAAUUCAAUGGAAAGAAAUAAAUACCAAUUGAGGUGCAAGAAGAACGAAAUGUAUAAAAAUGAAAACAAAUUAGAUGAAGCUUCAAACUAUUUUAGCGACUCUUCGCUAUCGUGUUCAUCCAAGUAUAUGAUGAGAGAAGAAAACGUAGAGGAUUCGAGGGUUAUGAACAAUGUGCAUAAUAAGAUUGUAAAUCGAAUGAGAAGAACCUGUUGUGAGGAAAAUGGAGAUUUGAUAAAUGGAUGCUACAAGAAAGUAGAAGGAGAAGAUGAACACAAUAAUUUUUGUGGGAAGGGUCCAUUUUUUACGAAGCAAAGUCUGGCAUAUGAACAUUAUAAAAAGAAAGAUAUCUUACUAAGUUUGUGGUGGAAAAAUAUGAUAGAUUUAUAUUCUGAUAUUUUAAUAACAAAUGUAUGUAGCAAUGUAAGUAAUAUUGAUAUACUAAAUAUGAACUGUAAAAAAAGAGAAAAUUAUCAAUACUUAAAUGAAGGGAUAGUUCUUUUUCACAAUUCAAAUAAGAGAGAAAAUUAUAAAAUGAGCAUAUUACGAGUAAUAACAAAAGAUGAAAUGAAUAAGGUAGAUGAAAAUGAAUUCUUCUAUUCUUCAUCUCUUAAGGAUAAUAUCAUUGAUGAUUCUUUUAAGAAAUAUUACAAACAAAAAUACAAAAAUAUUCCAAUUAUAAAAAGAUACAAUUGUUUAAAUCUUCCAUAUUAUACGACAAAUUCGAAUAUCCUCUAUUGUGAUAGAGACAUGAACAACGAAAUUCACACAAAUUAUCCAUGUACUACUCAUGGCAAUGUUAUUAUAGCAAAUAAGUCUAUAAGGGGAAAUAUAUAUUUAUAUAAUAUUAGCAAAACAAUUCAUCGAAUUAACACAAUGGAAGAUGACGAGCUAUUGAAUAACAGACUCAACAAAGAAGAGGAUCACUCGGGGCCAGUUCAAAAUGAAUCCUACAAAAAUUGCAUCACCCUCGAUGUUAGCAGCGGGGCCACAAGAAACAACACAAGUGGUAGCCGUAACAAUAGCAGUAAUCGUAACAGCAGUAAUCGUAACAGUAGCAAUCGUAACAGUAGCAAUCGUAACAGCAGCAAUCGUAACAGCAGCAAUCGUAACAAUAGCAGUAAUCGUAACAGCAGCAAUCGUAACAGUAGCAAUCGUAACAACAGUAGCAAUCGUAACAACAAUGCGAGUCGUAACAGCUAUAGUAGUUGCAACAGCUAUGGAAGUGGUAACACCAGUGUCAGCCGUAAUGGAAAUGGAAGUAUCAAGAGAAAUGGAAGUGUCAAGAGAAAUGGAAGUGUCAAGAGAAAUGGAAGUGUCAAGAGAAAUGGAAGUGUCAACAGCCGUGGAAGUCCCAACAGUAGCGGAAGUCCCAGCAGCAGUGGAAGUCCCAACAGCAACAGAAGUCGUAACAGCAACAGAAGUCGUAACAGCAACAGAAGUCGUAAUAACACUGUGAGUCGGAAUCGCAAGAGUAAUGGUAGUAACAAACAGGAUGAAUGUGAGGAAAGACAAGAUCAUUGCCAUAUCGAACGUGUGGAUGAAGAUGGUGAAAUAAUGGAAAAUCGUUUUAGGAACAACUUGGAAGUAAGUGAUAACAAAAAUGUGUACCAACAAAAUAUGGAUGAUGAUGAUGAUAAUGAUGAUGAUGGUAAAAAGGUGUCGUUAGAAAAUUAUAAAAAAAAAAUACAUGACAGAAAAAUAUGUGAUGGGGAAUUGUUACUAGAACUGAUGGGUCAUAACAAAACAGGAAAGGGACUUUUUUUUAGAAAUAAUUACCUGCUGAGCAAUGGAGAUGAUAAAAACAUAUUCAUAUAUGAUAUUAACGGUAACACUACAAGUUCUAGUGAUAACAGAUAUGGAAAUGAUCAUGUUAAUGUAUCUAAAAUGAAUCCUUACAUCUCCAUUAAGACAAAUGAAUUGUAUAGCAAUGUGAGGUGGUUGUAUGACUCAUUAAUUAUAGGUUCUACAUACAGUGGUUAUUUUUCCCUUUUUGAUAUUAGAAUGAAAAAUAAAAAUGUUCAUCGUGGUAUUUGCACUGAAGACUCAGUUGGAACGAAUGAAUGUUUUCCUUUUCAGAAAAAUUGGACAAAAGGGAUUACUAGUAUUAAUAACAGCAUUUGCAGCAGUAAUGGAAGUUCAGAAAGUGGUAAAAAUAGUGUAAGCAGCAUAAAUUCUAGAAAAAAAUGUAUGAAAAACAUGAAUAGGAUAAGUUAUAGAAGUCAGGGAGGUAGUAUAUACAUGAACGGUAAUGUAGAUAUACACUCGGUUCAUAAGAAAAUAACAAAAUAUGAAAUUUCAGAUAUUGAUAAGUACAAUAACGAUGAUAAUAACUUGAUAUGUAUGAGUUCGCUAAAUAAUAUAUUCAUUUUUGAUUUAAGGUUUAUUAAUAAUAAUUUGCCAUAUAAAAUAAUGCAUGAUAAUUCGUAUAAUAACUAUAGCAUUAAUGAAUCUUAUUUUGAACCUUACCAAACAUCUUUACAAAAUGGGGAGUAUAGUAACACAACAAAUGUAAACUAUUUUUAUGAUCAUUCAUAUAAUAAUUAUUAUAAUGAAGAUUUUUUCAAUUCAGAUACUUUUAUUCAUUCACUUUUUUGGUGUAACAUUGAAGGUUUUAAUUAUAUCGGUUCUUUAAAUAAUAAAGGGAUUAUCAACUUGUUUGAUGUUAACAAGAAUAAGCAUCACUGUGUUUUCACCUAUGGUUGCAAGUACAUUAAGCUUUUCAAAUUCAACCCCUUCAAAAUUAAUAACUUUGUUUCUGUAGACAAGAAUAACAUUCUCAUCUUAUUUACUCUUCCAGAUCAGAUAUACAAGAGUGAUUUGGACUUAUACCUCCAGGAUAACUUCAAGGGUGAGUAG